AAAGAAAGGGGGGGGAAGAAAGAAAGAAAAUCCUCUCCAAUGAAUGGAGGGUGAGAGGGCCGAUUCACCGGUGAGGCCCCGCCGGGGAGGUAUUUGUUACGUGAAGCGAGAGCGGAUUCUCCGCAUCCAUGACUCCCCGGAUAAGGUGCACCAUCCACUUUCGGCGUGCCCGCAGCCUGCCCCGGGCCCGGGCUCUGGGCUGGUUCAUCGUCCGCCGCAUUUUCGGAGCGCUGGGACGGCGUCGGCCGCCGCGCCUCUCCCUGCUGCUAGUCCUGCGGCGGAGUCGCCGCGGGAGCCCCCGGUCCAGGUGAUGAUGCUGGGCAGCCCGCGCGUGGCCGAGCUGCUGCUGCAGCGCGGAGCCGACCCCAACCGGCCCGACCCGAGCACCGGCUGCCUCCCGGCGCACGACGCGGCCCGCGCCGGCUUUCUGGAGACGCUGGCGGCGCUGCACCGGGCCGGGGCGCGCCUCGACCUGCCCGACGGCCGCGGCCGCCUCCCCCUCGACGUGGCGGCGGGGGGCCCGCACGGAGCCGUGGGCCGCUACCUGCGCCACCCGCCGCCCCUGCCGCCAGCCGGCACGGCCGCCCGGGGGGCAGCGCCCUGACCCGCCCUCGGCCGCCCCCGCUGCGCCCCCUGCGCCCAUCUCCGCCGCCACUGCCACCGCCGGCCGCUCACCCAGCGAGCCACCGCGCCCGGCGGCGCUACCGCUGCCCGACCCCUGCCAAGACUCUGCCUCUGCCCCGCUGCCCACGGCUCCUCCGCACGCCCCCGUGUCCUGCUUCUGCCGGAGGACACGUGCUGCUCAAUUGCCUGAGAAAAGAAGGAAAGAACCAAAACACUGCCAAGGCUGCGUUGCUGCUCUCCCUCUCAGGCUCCCCGGCGGGCAGAGCACAGGCAGCAAAAGGUUCUCCUGUGCUUCGGGGGUGGAGAGGGGGGCGGAAAAAUCCUUUCCCCUCUCCGAUUUCUGAUAACGGUGUAGCUGCUUAGAGGAGUCAGAACGCUGUGUUUCCCUUUCCAACUUGCUCACAGUUCUGCUUGGCAUUGUAGUCAUCCCUUGAGAUUCUUUUAUGUCCUAGGGCUCUCACAUAGGGAACACUUCAGCCCUCUCCUUUACAAAUGGAAUUAAUCUUCCCAUCUUCUCCCCUCAGCAGCCCACUUCACUUACAGUUUUAAUACUGAGAUAUAACACUGAUGGAAUGUCCAAAUAUUUAACACCGAUAGACAUCACAAUUGAAGAACUACUACAAGUAUGUCGUAGAGUUGCAUUUGGGGAAGCUAUCCAUGUGAAAAACCAUGGGUCUCUAAACUAGAUCUUUGGAAAAAACAACAAAUGGCCGAGUUGGGUUAUAAAUCUGGAUCUUUUCACACUUUGCGUUUUCUCUCCUUCCUACGGAAUUUCCAUUGCCUACCCAAUGUUUGUAUCACUUGUGUGUAACCAAAUACCUGUUCUUAUUUGAUAACCAAAUACCUGUUCUUAUUUGAUAACGAAACAGGAGAUUGGCUCAGAAAACUUCCUUCCGAGUGUUCAGCUAUUAAAGCGUUCUGUGUGCAGCACCA